AUGAUCUACCAGGUCCUACCUGCUAUGGUAUCGAGCCAUCUUCCUACGAUACCCUCCAUACGGCGGUCGAUAAGCGAAAUUCGUGACCGAAGGCUGCAUAGCAAAGCGAACUCGAUCACGGAGAUAUUGCUGCCUGGCACUCCACCGCCCGGCUACACAUCACGAGCCAGUAGUGGUAGCGCAACACCGAACAGGCGGUCUCCUAUCGCUGGCGAGGCGGAACUCGACUUCCCAGACGAUGUGUCUGAGAGGCCAGGCAGCUCGAAUAGCUCGGCUCCUCCGCUGUUCUCUGCGUAUGAGAGCAGGACGGGUAUCCAUUGGAAGUACGCUGGCCAAGGCGUCAAUCUGAUGACUCUGGCACACCGAGAGUCCAGUAUACCCACCUACGGUAUCGACGAGACGUCUCCUGUUCUCACGCGACAACUGUACCUGCACAGCAUGACGUACCUGCUCCGUGGCCUUCCGUCAGAUCUUACACCAGAGGAGCUGCUGAGCUUGCAAGCAGCCGCACCGCAAGAGUUGAUUGAGUUGCAGGCGAACCCAAACCACCAUGCUCUCAUGCCUCGUCCGCAGCAAAGCCAGGUCCAGCGUGACGUACCGCCGCAAGAACCAUCUGUGCUGCAGCGCAUAACGGCCACACUUGUUCUGCAAGCCUUCCUUCUCAUGCAGUUGCUCGUACCGUACAUUAAGAUACUCCUCUCACACGCAUAUCAGUUCGAGCGCGAACACCACCUCACCAAGAGGCUUGUCAACGGCAGCAUCAGUACCGUGGACGAAGUGGGCAGGAGAAGCCUGCGGCUCUCGCAGACGAUCUGCCAGAUGAAUGAUGGGAAGGUAGGGCAGGCCAUCAAUGAGAUGACGAUCUGGUGGGUGCGAGGCGUGACGGGCGGAUUGCAACAGGGCUUUGAGGAGGGACUCAGCCGGCAGCGGAGAGUUGGUGAGGUGGGCAAGAUGCAGCAGAUGGAGUGA